CACAUAAUACACAAAUAAUACGAUAAGGUCCUUGUUGUUCGUACGGGCCUUUUUCUCCUCCUUAUCUGCGUAAGAGAAUGUGGAAGUUGAAGAUAGGGAAGGGAGAGGGAGAGAGUCCGUACUUGCACAGUAAGAACGGCUUCGUCGGACGGCAGACGUGGGAGUUCGACGAGGAAUCCGGUACACCGGAGGAGAGAGCCGCCGUGGAAGAGGCUCGCCGGAGAUUCUACCAGAACCGGCCUAGGGUUAAAGCAAGUAGUGAUCUCCUGUGGCGAAUGCAAUUUCUGAAGGAGAGGAAGUUGGAGCAACUGAUACCGCCGGUGAAGGUCGGAGACGCCGAGAAGAUAACGCAUGUAAAGCUGACCAAUGCGUUACGGAGAGGUGUCCAUUUCUUCUCGGCGUUGCAGUCCGACGACGGCCACUGGCCGGCCGAAAACGCCGGCCCUUUGUUCUUCCUCCCGCCUUUGGUGUUCUGUCUGUACAUCACAGGGCAUCUUGACAACGUAUUCACUGCAGAGCAUCGUAAAGAAGUCCUCCGCUACAUCUACUGCCACCAGAACGAAGAUGGCGGCUGGGGAUUACACAUUGAAAGUCACAGCACGAUGUUCUGCACUUCUCUGAAUUACAUAUGCAUGCGUAUACUUGGAGAAGGCCCUGAUGGGGGACAAGAAAAUGCGUGCAAACGUGCCCGACAAUGGAUUCUUGAUCACGGUGGUGUCACGUUCAUACCCUCUUGGGGGAAAACUUGGCUUUCGAUUCUCGGUGUCUUUGAAUGGUCUGGAUGCAAUCCCAUGCCUCCAGAAUUUUGGAUCCUACCUGCUUUUCUUCCUUUCCAUCCAGCAAAGAUGUGGUGCUACUGCCGGAUGGUUUACAUGCCAAUGUCAUAUCUCUAUGGGCGGAGAUUUGUUGGUCCAUUGACACCUCUUGUCCUGCAACUGCGCCAAGAGCUGUACUUACAGCCCUACGAAAAAAUCAACUGGACGAAAGCACGCUGUCUUUGUGCAAAGGAAGACACGUACUAUCCGCACCCUUUGGUUCAAGAUCUGAUUUGGGACUGUCUUUAUGUCUUUGGGGAGCCAUUCCUUACAAACUGGCCCUUUAACAAGCUUCUUAGGGAGAAGGCUCUUAAGGUGGUAAUGGAACACAUACACUAUGAAGACGAGAACAGCUGUUAUAUCACCAUCGGAUGUGUUGAAAAGGUGCUGUGCAUGCUUGCUUGUUGGGUGGAAGACCCGAAUGGAGAUUGUUUCAAGAAGCAUCUUGCUAGAAUACCCGAUUACUUAUGGGUUGCAGAAGAUGGGAUGAAAAUGCAGAGCUUUGGGAGUCAAUUAUGGGACACAGGGUUUGCAAUUCAAGCGUUACUCGCCAGUAAUCUCUCCAAUGAAGUAUCAAAUGUACUCAAGAGAGGACACGAUUUCAUAAAGAAAUCUCAGGUCAGAGAUAACCCGACGGGCGACUUCAAGGGGAUGUAUCGUCACAUUUCAAGAGGAGCAUGGACCUUCUCCGAUCAAGAUCACGGAUGGCAGGUUUCAGACUGUACUGCUGAAGGAAUUAAGUGUUGCCUGUUGCUAUCCAUGAUGUCACCUGAAGUUGUAGGCCCGAAAAUCGAUCCCGAGAAACUAUACGACUCUGUCAAUAUCCUACUGUCUUUACAGAGUGAAAAUGGAGGCGUGACGGCAUGGGAGCCCGCCGGUGCACCCAAGUGGUUGGAAUUGCUCAAUCCUACGGAAUUUUUUGCGGACAUUGUGAUCGAGCAUGAGUACAAUGAAUGCUCUUCAUCAGCAGUCCAGGCACUGCUUCUGUUCAAGCAGCUAUACCCAGAUCACAGGACAGAAGAGAUCAAUGCUUUCAUCCAGAAAGCCGUCAAGUACAUAGAAACAAUUCAAAUGGCCGACGGUUCAUGGUACGGAAACUGGGGUGUUUGCUUCACGUACGGGACAUGGUUUGCUCUCGGAGGCCUAGAAGCCGCUGGCAAGACUUACGACAACUGUCUUGCACUGCGAAAAGGCGUUCAUUUCCUUCUCGAAACACAGAGAGGCAAUGGCGGAUGGGGAGAAAGCUACCUGUCUUGCCCCAGAAAGAGAUACGUUCCAUUGGAAGGAGAAAGAUCAAACCUGGUGCAAACUUCCUGGGCUCUGAUGGGUCUGCUUCAUGCUGGACAGGCCGAGAGAGAUCAGGUUCCUCUCCACCGAGCCGCGAAACUAAUCAUCAAUUCCCAGCUGGAGAACGGAGAUUUCCCUCAGCAGGAAGUAACAGGAGUGUUCAUGAAGAACUGCAUGUUACACUACGCUUCUUACAGAAACAUCUUCCCUCUGUGGGCUCUUUCUGAAUAUCGGAGGCGUGUUUCUUUUCCCAUUUGAAAAAAAAAGUGUUAUUGGACCUUCCAAAAAUUUUGGACGCCAUUGAUUCUUUGUCUCAAACAGUACCAUUUAAAAGGAAAACGAAAUCGAAUCCCUAUACUUUUAAA